GCUUUUCCCAAGUUCUUUGGCAAGUUGUUUUAUUGCUGCUUCGGAUGUAAUCUUCAGGUCUUGAGAGAGUCUGGGAAGUGGCUGAGAUUGGAUGAAUGAGAUUCGAGAAUGUGCUGAUGAUGAAAAGUAUCAAGGAAAAUUCAUCGGGAAGAUCAACUCGUAUCAUCAUCAAGUUUCUGGAGAUGUUUAUGCUGUAGAUGAGAACACUUUUCUCCUUUCAAGCUUCAAUUAUGACGGAAACGGAGCUGAUACAUUCUUCUGGAGCGGCGCUUCAAAUCGUCCUGGACCUCAGGGAUUCAUAGUUCCCGAUGAAUACGGAAAGACAAACAUCCUUGAGAGAUAUUUCAACAAGGACUUCACCCUAAAGCUUCCGGACAAUAAAAAGAUCACAGAAGUCAAGUGGUUGGCAAUUUAUGAUCUCAACAGUCAGAAUGACUUUGGGGACGUUUACAUUCCUGAAGACUUUGAACCGCCAACGCCUCAGAAGGGGGGUAGUUUCUCAAAAGGAACACAUGGGGUCCGUAGCGAAAGUAUUGAGAUCCUUGAUUCAAAAACGAUCAGGAUUCCAGAUUUUAGUUACACAGGAGGUGGAAAGAGAACCCAUUUCUUCGCAGGUGUUGGUCCUGCGCCAUCUAACAAGGGCAACAAGAUUCCAGAUGAACUGGGAUAUUUGGAUCCUAUACGCAUUUACGACAAGGAAACCAUCACGCUGGAGCUUCCCGGAGACAUGACGAUCUUCAAUAUCGAUUGGAUAAGCGUUUUCGAUCUUGAGACCAAUGAAAAUUUCGGAUCGAUCCUUAUUCCAGAUGAUCUAAACGUUCCACCUUCUUUGAUCAAAAUCCAACAACAUCCAGCUGCCCUACCGAAUUGUAAACAACUUCACAAGGACAUGAGGAUCUCCUGGGAGGUCUUUGGUCCUCAGAUAACGAUUGAGUUGGCUGGACAGGUUCUUCCAGAUGAAUACAUGUCCUUUGGCCUCUCGGGAUCUGAAGAGAGGAGUCAAAUGCUAGGAGCAGAUGUUGUAGUAGCUUACAUCGAUGGGUACAGGGGAUACGCAACGGACUACAACAUCACGUCCCUAGCUCCGUGCGUUCAAGUCCUCGGUCAGAAUAAAGGAGUCUGUCGGGAUGAUGUUGUUGGAGGAUUAGACAGUUUCCAACUUCACACGUUCACAAGAGAAGAUGGAAUCAACACGAUAACCUUCCGAAGAACUCUGAUUUCAUCUGAUAAUGGAGACAAGGAGUUCCUUCUGGACAGACCGAUGUUUGUUGUUUGGGCCAUGGGGCGUCUAGAUUCAAACAAAGAACCAGCCUUCCAUGACAUCUAUCCCAGAGAGGACGUUGUAAUCCAUUUCAACUCUUCCGAUCCCGUUAACGAUUGCUUCAGCUUCACGAGAAGCGAACAUUCACAACUCAAAGAACCCUGGGAAAAGACUCAAAUCUUCGACAGAAGUAUCAGAUCCUUCACGGCAGUUUUGGGUCCAGCGGGAGGAAAAAGAGGCUACCAAGGGAUUACGGGGCAUGUUUCGAAUGGUCUAGCUUGGUACAUCAACGGAGUUAUGAUUCCUGAACUUUGGCUCAGACGAGGCCUCACCUACGCCUUCCGAGUCCAUGGUGGGAAUAAUCCUCACUCUCCUGAAUACUACCAUCCUUUAGUUAUAACAGACGAACCGAAAGGGGGCUACGACCGUCUGACAGACGCUAAACAAUCAGAGAUCAGGGUCCUAGCAGGAGUAGAGUUUACAAGGAGAGGUCGACCUAAACCUACAGCUGCCGGUCCGCUUUGUAUUGCUCGUCAUCAGGAGCAUCAAGAUCGUCGGCUUGACGAUGAGUACCCUACAUUUAAGAAGUUCAAUCGAACACUCCAUUACACUUGCGAACCCGGAGAUCCUGCUAUCCUCGAAAUCACACCCAACACUUCCUGGCCCGACGUCGUGUACUACAAUAGCUUCACACACGCCAACAUGGGCUGGAAAAUCCACAUUGUGGAUAGUUUUUCGACAAACGUUGGGAGCAGUCAGCGUUUAGAGAUUGCUCUGUUCCUUCUAGCACUGGUCUUUUCUCACGCGAUGACGCUAAGGAACUAAAGGGUUCCUUAGAGGUUUGAGAGGUGUAUGUCUGCUGACUUAUGAUCAGGCCAAGACUUCGACUUACCUUCUUUCUUUCUUUCCAAACUUCAAUCCAAUCCGGAUAUACCUUUCGAAUCUCAAUGGAACCUGUUCGAAAUUCAUUAGAACGAAUAUAAGAUUGCGUCUGGAGCCUAAAACCCAAUAAGUCAGCAGAAAGGAUUUUUUGAAUAUUUUUUUAAAGGUUUUUGAUCCACAAGAUUGUGGAAUGUGAUCUCGAGCUUCCCGAUUUAGAAGCUCACAAAUUUUAUGACUUCUCUUUUUAGCGAAUUGAGCAAACGAAUUGACGAAAUAUCGAUAAGAUUUAUAGAACUAAAUUUUGAAAUUUCGAAAAACUAAAAAAUAAAAAUUGUUAAUAUUCUGAAAAAAAAAAA